ACUAGUCCCCGCCUGAGGGCGCGUUCCUGGCCGCUGAGGGGGAGGAACCUAACGGGCGAGGAGGGCUGUCAUCACCGAUCCUCUCUGCACUGCGGCUCCUCUCGCCUUCCCGACGGACACGGAACCCAAAGGCUUCCCCCAAAAAACACAGUCAGGAUGUCCAGGGAACAGCAGAUGGUGGCUCGUGCCAGAAAAGCCUUCAACACUGGCAGGUCCAAACCUCUGGAGUACCGGAUCAUCCAGCUGAAGAACCUGAAACGGUUGUUUUAUGAGAAGCAAAAGAUGAUUUCAGAUGCCAUCAAGAAAGACCUUAAUAAGAGCGAGGAGGUGAUACAGCUGCACGAGACUCUGGGCAUUGAGAGUGAGAUUGACCUGACCAUCAAGAAGCUGAAGGACUGGGCGGCCCCCCGGCCCGUGGAAAAGAACCUACUGAUCAUGUCGGACACCGUGUACGUCCAGCCAGAGCCGCUGGGGGUGGUGCUGAUCAUCGGGGCCUGGAACUACCCCUGGGCUGUCACCAUCGGGCCACUAAUCGGAGCUAUAGCUGCUGGUAAUGCCGCCGUAGUGAAGCCUUCAGAGGUCUGUGUUCACACUGCAAAAGUCAUGGAGGACCUUCUGCCACUUUAUAUUGACAAAGAGCUGUACCCUGUGGUGACAGGGGGAGUGCCAGAGACCCAGGAACUGCUCCGCCAGAGGUUUGACCACAUUUUCUACACCGGCAACAGCAUGGUGGGGAAGCUGAUCAUGGAGGCCGCCGCCAAAAACCUGACACCCGUCACCUUGGAGUUGGGCGGCAAGAGUCCCUGCUACAUUGACAAGAACAGCGACAUCACUAUAGCCUGCAGACGCACUGCGUGGGGCAAGUACACAAACUGCGGUCAGACGUGCAUCGCCCCAGAUUACAUUCUAUGUGAGCCCGGCAUGCAAGACCGGAUCAUUGAAGAAAUCAAAAAAGCCAUUAAGGAAUUCUACACAGACAGCCCAAAAACCUGCACCGACUACGGCCGCAUCAUCAAUCAGCGCCACUUCAAAAGGAUCAUGAACAUGCUGGAGGACAGCACCGUCGCUGUAGGAGGAGAAAAUGAUGAAGCCAACUGCUAUAUAGCUCCCACUGUUCUGCGGGAUGUAAAACCAGAGGCCAAAGUGAUGCAAGAGGAAAUAUUUGGACCUUUGCUUCCCAUUAUUACUGUCAGUGGAGUUGAUGAAGCAAUCAAGUUCAUAAAUAAGGGAGAGAAACCUUUGGCUCUUUAUGUCUUCUCAUCAGAUAACAAGGUUAUUGACAGAAUAAGAGAUGAAACUUCCAGUGGAGGCUUUGUUGCCAACGACUGUCUAAUUCACUAUUCUAUCAGCUCUCUGCCUUUUGGAGGAGUGGGGAACAGUGGUAUGGGCUGCUACCACGGCAAGUACAGCUUUGACCAGCUGAGCCACCUGCGUGGAUGUCUCAUCAAGAAACUCAACAUGGAGGGCGUCAACAAUGUGCGCUACCCUCCUCACACACCCAAGAAACUGAGCUGGGUGCGCUUCAUCCUCCUCAAGUCCUCAGGCCUGGGCUGGAUGGGCCGCAUGGUGAUGCUGGCGAUGCUGGUCGUGGUGGCGGCUGUUGCACUCCAGAGAUAUCUUCACUGAAGACUUCCCGCCUCAUCCGUCUUCACAGUUUUCCCGCUUAUUAAUUCAAAUCAGCAUCUUAUAGAAAUAUAUAGGAUGAUUUCAGAGUUGCCUUAAUCGUCGUAACAUUUCAACGUUAGAAGUGUCAUGGGUUACAGUUUAGAAAACACAUUAUUUUUGUUAAGGGAAGCAUUUAUUCUCGUGUAAGGCUCUUGCAUUUACGGCUGUGACUCUUUCAUUUCAAACCUGUUAGAUCAGGUUCACUACGUUCUUUUCAUAGUCUUGUUAUACAGAAUUUAAAUAAUUGAUUUAAAUGAAGUAAAUAGUUUUUUUAAACCUACUGUGUUAUUCACAGUACCAUGUCAGGUUUAGGAAAUAAAAAUGAAUGUUGACAUGAAGGGCUGGAAAAAUGAAGUUUGUUUUACUGUGUUGCUGCAGCUCAUUUUGAGCGUCUGUCAUGGAUGGAUGAACAGUUAACUUGACGUUAGAAUGGUAGUCUCUGUUCCUUAUUCACGUGAAGGAUUAUUGUAUCUGGUCUUCCUAAACACGUCAAAUGCCUUCAACACCGUGUACUUUUUUAAUAGUUAUGUGAUCAGUUUUUAAACUGACAAAAUGUGAUUAUAUCCUCAACAUUUCAAGGUUUUAUAAUAAUUAAAAAUGUAUUUUCUUUUAAAAAGUAAAAUAAAUAUAUUGAUAUUUA